UAUGGCCUUUCUUUAAGGGACCGAGCGGAGUGAACGUAACAGGAGAGAUCCGGACUCGGGGAGGCCUGUACGCGUCCUCUAUCCGUCCUCAUUCCUCUUUCAGCUUUCCAUUGCCGUCAGUGAAUUUCAGAAUGCAUUUGGUGGUGCUUGUAUUCAGCUCAGUGCUCCCUUUGUCCAUCUUAGCCCUCGACAAUGGACUGAUGACGACCCCUCCCAUGGGCUGGUUGGCAUGGGAACGAUUCCGCUGUGAUAUUGAAUGUGAACACGACCCCAAGAACUGCAUCAGUGAGAAUCUGUUCAUCGACAUGGCAGACAGACUCUCAGAGGACGGCUGGAGGGAACUGGGCUAUGUCUAUGUGAACAUUGAUGACUGUUGGUCCUCCAUGGAGAGAGACAAGCAGGGUCGGCUGCAACCUGACCCGAAGAGAUUCCCAGGAGGCAUCCAGAAGCUGGCACGCUACAUGCACGACAGGGGUCUCAAGCUGGGGAUCUAUGGGGACAUGGGCACACACACCUGUGGGGGCUACCCUGGCACCCCACUGGACAAGAUCAAGAUAGACGCUCAGACCUUUGCUGACUGGGAGGUGGAUAUGUUUAAAUAUGAUGGCUGUUAUUCUAAUGCCACAGAGCAAGAGUUGGGUUACCCUCUUAUGUCAAAGGCUUUAAAUGCUACAGGCCGCCCAAUUGGCUACUCCUGCAGCUGGCCCGCCUACCAGGGUGGCCUGCCACCGAAGGUAAACUACACUCAGUUGGGUGAGAUCUGCAACCUGUGGCGUAACUAUGGCGACAUCCAGGACUCUUGGGACAGUGUCCUGAACAUUGUCGACUGGGUCUUUGAAAACCAGGAUGUACUGAUAGCUGCAGCUGGACCUGGAAGAUGGAAUGACCCUGAUAUGCUGAUUAUUGGCAACUUUGGCCUCAGCAUGGACCAGUCUCGCACUCAGAUGGCUCUAUGGGCAAUUAUGGCCGCUCCCCUUUUCAUGUCCAAUGACCUGCGCACCAUCAGCAGUGGGGCCCGCAGCAUCCUGCAGAACAAAAUGGCCAUCAGCAUCAACCAGGACCCCAUGGGUGUUCAGGGAAGAAAAAUUGUAAAGGAGAAAAGUGGCAUUGAGGUGUUCUGGCGCCCCCUGUCGAACAAUGCCAGCGCCUUGGUGUUCUUCAGUCGUCGUAAUGACAUGCCCUACCGCUACCAUACUUCCCUCAGUAAACUCAACUACACCACCGGCAGCUACAAGACCUUUGAUGUUUUUACUGACAAGACCAUGAUGCUGAAAGACUCCACUGACUUUGUGGUGUCAGUGAACCCCACAGGUGUGGUCAUGUGGUAUGUUUCUGCACCUGCCAAACUGAAUAUCCGCCAGUUCUACAAAGGUGGCGAAAUCCAGGGAUCCUCCUAUGAUGAUGAUGAAAAUGCCAAUCCUCACAUCUUCCUCUGACCACUCACUGUCUGAACUUUGUCUAUUAAUCAAUAGUUUCUGCCUCAGUGCAGUGUUGUGCUGUUCCACAAAAAAGGAUUGAUUACAAAAGCCACUGCCAUGCUAGUUUUUCAGACCGAUUUUUACAUUUGUAUUUUGGUUUCUUUGGAGGAUGAAUGUUUUAUUCAAUCAAGAUCUGAAUGUCACACUGCUCAGGAUAAUUGUUAUGGGCGAGUGUUUAAGAAAAUUAAGAUUUUUAUAAAAAAUUAUUCUGUGAAUGUCUUCCGUGAAAUAAAUAAGUUUCACUUUUCAAUCAAGAAA